AUGGCCGAUCCACCGCCGGCGGAAGAAGCGAACUUCAUCAGGGAGUUCGACGGUCUUGCAGUUCAACCUCUUGACCACUGCCUCGGGUCGGAGUCGGGUUUGGACUUGAGUCAGAUGAACCCGAAUAGCUUUGGUCAACCUAAGAGUCAACUGAUGGGGAGUUCUGAUGAUGCUUCUAGAAAAUUCAAUUCGACCUCAGGAUAUUGUCUUUGGGAAGCUCCAGUUUCGAACAAACCGGUACAUUUUCCCCUAAAUUUAGGAAAUAAUUCAGUAAAAGGUGGAGUUGUAGAAAAGAAACUCAAAUUAGAGGGUGUCAAUGCUAAUAUAAGCAACUGUAGCUAUUUGUUGAAAAGGAAAAAGAGUAGUGAAGACUCAAAUGAUGUAGGCAAACACCAAAAAUCCACUAUAUUUUCCUUGUAUGACAAUGUUAACAAUCAUGAGGACGAAAAGAGGAUGGCUAGGAAAAUUAGGAAUAAGGAAAGUGCUCACUUGUCAAGGAAAAGAAAAAAACAUUAUGUUGAGGAAUUAGAGAAUAAAUUUAGAAUACUUCAAUCAACAAUUCAACAUUUGAAUAGAAAUUUAUCCUAUGCAAUGGUGGAAAAUGUAACUCUAAAGGCACAACUUGGAGGUACUAGUGUACAUGCUCAAGUGCCGUCACCCCUCGGGAUUUAUCCCUAUCCUCCUCCAUGGAUUUCAUAUACACCAUCUUAUAUGAUGAGCCGACAAAGAUCUCAAGUGCCAUUGGUUCCCAUUCCAAAGUUGAAAUCACAGACACUACCACCCGCGCCAAAAAGUAGCAAGAAAGUGGAGAAAAAGAAGAGUGAGGUGAAAACAAAGAAGGUUGCUAGUGUUAGCUUCCUUGGUGUGUUGUUCUUUAUGCUUCUCUUUGAUGGGUUGGUUCCUUUAUUGAAACUUAGAUAUGGAGGUAUUAGGGAACCAUCUAUGAGUGGAGAGUCUUUUGUGAGUGGAUUUUAUGUAAAACAUCAUGGAAGAGUUUUGACUGUUGAUGGGCCUGUGAAUCGGACUGGUUGUUCUGGGAAAUACGGUGGUAAAGAUCAUAGCUCCCAUUGUGGCCGGGGAGGUCAGGGUGAAAGCAAUCAGAAAAAUACCAAUAAGGCUGCAGAUGAGUUUGCUCAUGUGGGCAAUGGUAGUGAUCCUCUGGCAGCCUCUCUAUAUGUCCCAAGGAAUGAUAAACUUGUUGAUAUUGAUGGGAACUUGAUAAUUCAAUCCGUAUUGGCAAGUGAGAAAGCUAUGGCAUUUCAUGGAAGUGCUGAUAAGAAAAAUAGAGAGGCUGGCCUCGCAGUUCUUGGUGAUUUAGCCCCUGCUAUCCCAGGAAUCCAUUCUCGCCUUUAUCGAAGUCCUGCAAUGGGACAAAGCAUUCUUGGAUCUGAGGAGAAAGAGAAUGUAAAGUCAACUAUGCAGGAGUGGUACCUUGAAGGUCUUGCCGGACCUUUGUUGAGUUCAGGCAUGUGUACAGAAAUGUUCCAGUUUGAUACGUCAUCUUCUGCUAGAGAUAUAUCUAUGGAAGAAAGGCCGAAUGGCACGCGCCUCCACAGUAAUAGAAGGAUCCUCAAUGGCCCUCCCGUUUCCCUUUCUAGACCCUCUCACAGCUCUGGAGAACAAACUGGAACAGAUGGAAAGUGGGAGAAUUUUAGCAGGAACAAGUCACUUUCUUCCUUGGUAGUAUCUGUUCUGGUUGACGGUGAUGGAGAUGGCAUCAUGGAUCCGAAGUUUGUCUCUCGGAUAUUCAUUGUUGUGCUUAUUGAUAGCGUCAAAUAUGUCACCUAUUCUUGCAUGCUUCCAUUUAUUGAUAGUGUUCAUGUAGCAGAAGCAUCAUCAAAAAACCAUUUCGUAGAUACCAUAAGAUCUACUAAUAAUCCUCAUUAA